AUGGGGCUCGCAGGCUGGCCACCGCUGCUCGCCGCCGCGCUGGUGGCGCCCGGGCUGGGGCGGGCUGCAGCCAGGGGCGCGUACCAGUGCCUGGACAGCCCGAAGCUGUUGGCCACCACGCUGGUCCCGCCCAUGCCGUCCAGCAGUGACAGCUUCGCCUACGCGCUCCGCAGCGCGUUCGUCGUCCUGCCGCGGCGGUGCGUUGAAGGCCUCGACCUGGAGCCGAACGUUGGGGACCUAGACGGUAUUAUCGACCAAUGGAUGGGUCGGUUUAGCGACCUUUGCGACAGCGAUCUGUGUUCGAGCAGCCAACUGCGCGACAAGAUGACCGUGGUGCUGAGAAACUGCACCCUCGGCUGGGCCAUCUUCGCGCACGGCAGCGGCGGCUUCACCUUCGACAACCCGCGCUACACGUACAUGAUGGCCGCCGCGGGGUACGGCGUAGUCAUCCCCGAUUCCUUCGCGUCCGCUGAGCUCGGGCUCAGGUACAAGGCUCCGAUUGAGAACCUGCCCGCGCACCUGAGGGCCCUCAACCGCGGCUCGGGCGAAGGCAGCUACUGGUGCGACAACAACGUCUACGAGGCGAGCUCCACCUGCCCGCCGGCCAUGGAGAAGAGCUCGGCUGGUGCGACGUCGUACCCCCUCUGCUACAGCUCCGACGCGGCCGCCAUCCUGUCCAGUACAGCAAGCUGGCGGCAGUACUACGAGAGGGUGUACGAGCUGCGCCGGAGGGAGCUCGACUACGUCGUGGAGUCUCCGAAGCUCUUCCUCGCGGGCGAGAGCGAGGGGGGCUUGGUGGCCGCGCGCUACUACCACCCCAGACUGGAGCCCCUGCUCCGGAGUGGGGGCAGGCUGGUGCUUCAGUGGAGCUGCGAGUGGUGCUACUACAUCAGCUGCCCUGGCAAUGCCCAGAUCGGCGGCGGGCGCGCCGACGUCGAAGUGCCGGUGCUGAACGCCAUCUCGCACGUGGACAGCUUCUUCGGGCCAGCGAACAAUUCCGUGGCGUGGAAGGUCGCGAGCGCCCCCGGUGGCUACGGCGCGCGGCCGCCUACCGGCAACUGCCUGGCGCAGCUCAGGUCCCAGGGCGUCCGACACGGCUACGUGGUUAGCGACGUGGGCUCGGAGUACCACGGCCUCACCGAGACGAGCGGUAACCUCGUGCGCGCCCUGUUGUUCGGCUUCAUGGCGGACCCCAGGUGA